CUAUUUGCGUUUUUGUUGUUAGGCAGUGGCACGCAGUGGAUAAAAUGGUUUAGAUUUAUCUUAGACUGUAUUUCUCGUUGGAUAAGUAUUUAUAUUUAUGUGGAAAUUGGUAACUUAAUCAUAUCAAUAUGGAUAUUUUGUAUGAUAACUUAGACAACUAUAACGAGGCAAAUCUGAUUCUGGAGUUGAGAAAUGAGAAUCAGGAACUGAAAGCUAAGCUGGGGAAGUACACUGUGGCGUUAGACAAGCUUCAAAAAAACAUUUUGCAGGAUUUUGACAAACUGGCUGGGGAGUAUAAAAAGCUAGAAAUGAAUUACUCUUCGCUGCUCAAGACAGCCCGGGCGGAGGUCGAGAGGAAGACUCAGAUUAUAGCUAAUCUUAAUAUGGAGAAAGACAUGAUGGUGUUGAAUGCGAUUCAAAACAAUAAUGUCAACAUACGAAGGAAUUUGGGAACGGCCAUAGCAAAGCGAAAGAGACAAAUGGAAAUGGAUGCGCAAAAUGUUAAAACUGCUGGGCAUCAACUAGACAUUAAGAAUUCUGGAAUGGACAGGAAAGAAUCUUCAAAAACACCUACAGAUGAAGCUCCACGUGUGUCACAGAGUGACGCCAAGGAGAAUAUCCAUGAAGACCAGAGAGGGAAGACGGGUGGAGCAGCCGGUAUAAGGGGUAGACGAAAAUCUAUGCCUGCAUCUAGAAUUGCCAAAUUUAGUUCAGAUGAAGAAGACGAACCGAGUAACCCGAAACAGAGAAACCCUUUUCCUAGAGAAGAUGACCCCCGUAGAAACACUGAUAGGAAUUACCACAAAGACAACAAGCCCCCUGACCCCAGAAACAGAAUCUUUGAUAACGACAGAACUCGCAACAGUGACAAGUCCGAGUAUCAAAGACGCAGAUACAGUCCGGAAAGAUUUCUUCACAGAUUCAAAAGAGAUUUCUCGGGAGACCAAAGGCGAAGAGAUUUCAACGAUUUAAGACGACGCAGGGAGAGCCAGGGUGGAUAUAGGUCAGACAAGGACGCAGAGCUGAGAUCUCGUAGAGAUGGCUCCGGAGAAUAUAGGUCUGACAAAGAAGCAGAACAAAGAUUACGUAGAUCAGGAGACCGGAGACUUUAUAGAGGUCGUUCGGGUGAGCGAAGGCCGUAUCCUGACAGACCACGAGAUCAUAAGCCACGUUCAGAGGAUUUUGGGGAUCAUCAUCGAAAACCUGAUUUGAGAAAACGCCGUUUGGAGAGCCCACCCGGUGAAAAGUUUCAUCAGUACGACCAAAAGAAUCAGGAAGACGAGUCGUUCUGUCUCAAAGAGUUCGAUCGAGAGUAUUAUGAUGAGAGAAAUAAAUAUCUGGAAGAAGUUGGUCCUGCUAUAUAUCAUAGUGAUUAUGAUUAUGAAGAGCCUUCCUGUAAGAGGCCGAGGACAGAUUCUUACCACAGAAUAGAACAAGAUAAUCACAAAGUACAAUACCCAUUGGACCAAGCACCACAAUUUGUUAUUGGGAACAUUCGAAGUGAAUAUAUGUCUUGUCAGUCUCCGGAUUAUAUGACAAAAGAGGCUGCCUCUACACCUAAAGAAAUUAAAUUUGAUGCUGAUGUAAAAAUGGACGAUCCGAGAGAGCAUAGCAACAAAUAUACAAUACGAACGGAGAACGGGGAAAAAGUGAUGACAACAAUAGCUGCGAGAAAUGUUGACUUGAGACCUGUUAACAAAUCUUUAUGGAAAAUAGCAGAUGUUAAAGUACCAACUGCUUUAGCGAGGCGUCCUUCAGAGUGUUCAGAAGAUCGUAUUAGUGAAGUAUAUGGUAUUGAUGCCUCUGAUGUAUCAUCUAUGGAGUCCGGGGAGAUAUUGGGAUCAGCAAUAUAUGAUAUUUCUUCUGAUCCUUUUCAUUACGAGUCCAAUAGAAAAAAAUCUAAUCAUGGCGAAAUAAAAAAACCCGCCUAUCCCAGUUCACAUUUAGAAAAAGAAACUUCAAGUGUAGAAAAGGUAGUAGGAUAUCCAAAGAGUUUUAAGCAACCAUCUGCCCAGGUGGAAAAAGAUACCAAUCACCCAAUUGUAUCUGAAAAGGCGGCUAUCCGGACAGAAAGUAGAGUAGAUUUACACACUCGUGAAAAACAGAGUAUGCAAGCGGAAAAAAUUGUAGAUGACAAGGACAUGUUAUCGUCAAAAAAAUCAGUUUUACCAAUCGGGUCAGAAAAACAUAUGGAAGACGCACGAAACCCUAUUAAAUUCCCCACGACACGUGAAAAUAUUGAUAAAAAUACAAAUAUUGAAAAACAGACCAGUGAAUGUGGAAAAAAUGAGGAACCUGUUAAACGCAUGCAUUGUCCUAAUGAUUUUAAAACUAAAUAUAAAAUACCCAAAUUAAAGAGUAAGGAUCAAUCUGUUAGUUGCGAAAAGAAACAAUCUGAUAAUAAACAGUUGGAAAAUAAAUUAAAAACUGAAAAUCAUGACAAUUCUUCUUUGAAACAUACAUAUAACAGGAGUGGCACGUGCGUAGAGAACUCAAUGGAACGGAAAAAGGACCAUGUCACUGCUGAUUCCGGUAAAGGAAUGGUCGAAGGUGAUUUAGAACUAAGUGAUGAAAGUUGUGAUGUUGACCUGAUGAAACGAGUUAUGAAAGAUAUAGCAGAGCGGACUUCAUGCGAAUCGGGUAAAUCAAAAAUUGAAAGAAGUGUUGUUGAAAAAAAUGAAAAUGUCGCUUCAGAAUGUGCGGAAGACAAAUAUUCUAAAAACAUCGUGAAAGAGAAUGAUGUUGCGCUUAAAGCAGAUGCAAAACAAAAGAAAGGCGAAUCAAAUGAUACUAAUAAAGUUGGCAAAAAUAAGACCACGAAAGAAAAAAUAACAGAAACACUCAAAUCAGAGCCAGAAGGAACUUUGCAAAAACAUUUAAAAUCAAAAGCACCGGAAAAUGUAGUAUCUAAAGAAAUAAAAAAUAAAUUUAGUGAUUUGUUUGGUGACAGUAGUAGUCUUAUAACGCCAGAAGACUUGGGCUUGACAGCACCAGAGGUUCGAAUUGAAUCUUCCUCGUCAAAUUACAUUCCCAUCUUCGAGGACGCUCAAGAUGCAGUUGAUCUUGGUGAGAAAGUGUCUCACCAGAUAAAACUUUCUCUCCCAGACAUUUCUCCUGAGGGCCAAGCCAAAAUUGAUUUUAACACAGAUAUAAAUAAAAAACCUAGCAAAAGUUCAGAAAAGGAAUUUAAUAUUGACAAAUCAUCAGAUAAAGAAGUAACUAAACAUAAUCAUAAAGAUAUUGGAGGCACACAAAAAGAACAGCAUAACGUUAGAUCAAUUGAUAAAAACGAUAUAAAGACAAAAUCUUCUAAAAGUGUAGAUAAAGAACACGCUUUAACAAAAGGAAAUGAGUCAAAGAAGCCGAGUAAAACUGUAGAAAAACAACGUAUCGAUUCUGAUGAAACUAAACAAAAACGUAAGUCGAAGAAUGCAAAUAUUGACAAUCCAUUGAUUACAAAUGAAAAUGUCAAUGAAAUAACUAAGACAAAACAUAGAAACAAUAUUCGGAUAGAAAAUUGUAGUGAUACAAAGAUGGAGAGGACAGGUGAAACAAACAAAGUUAAAUUAAGUGAACAUCUAGAAAUACAACCACAAGACGGUAAGUCGUCAGAUGCAAAAAUAAUUGAACAUUGUCAUAAAAGUACUGAAAAAUAUACGGAGAACGACACCAAAACAUUAGAAGUUAAGAGGAGAAAAUCGAAAAGACAUGAAGAGAAAUCGCAAUUACCGACUGAAACAGUACCUUCAACAUUACCAACAGUUGAAAAAAAUGCAGACAUAACUGCGUCUACACAAAUAACUGCCAUAAGACCAAAUAUUGAUGCUCUCAAUCCAGAAGAACCAGAUAUAGUGAAAACAGUAAUUAUAUCUUCCGGAGUGCAGCCAGUUUUGGCGGAAAAUUUGCCGUCAACUAACAUUAGUCCGAUAUUGGAAGCGUCUGAGACGCCCAACAUUGAUGCCAGACAAAUGAAUCAAGGAAAUCCGCUGUUAAGUCACUCUCUUCUACACGCUUUAGCUACGUCGACUCCCGCCAAAGAGAAUUUUGCACAAAGUGUGCAUAUAGAUGAAAGUAGUAGAAUGACUGAUUUUAGUAACGGUUCUAAUGAACAAACUUCUCAAAGCAAUAACGGAGAUUCUCAUAAUGAGGCUCCAGACGUCAGAAUUUUUGUGAAGCGAAGGAGAAGAGCUAUAAAGAAAAGCGUUUAAAUUCUCUUCUUUAGGAACCUUGCAGUUUCUGUUCUGUAUCAUAUUAGUUAAGAUAAAGUAGAUAUACUAGAUUGUUCUUAUAGUAUUUACUGUUUAAAUUAUGAUUGUCAUAUUGGCACUGAAACAUGGAGACUGUAAAAAUAAAUGAUUUAUCUUAAAAUU